AUCCCACUGCUCCCGGCUCUGGACACACCGGGGCCGCCCUGCCGGGACAUCCCAGUCACUACAGCAAUCUGCAGGAUGCUCCGGGGCUAAGACUCCCGGGGCCUGGCCUUUCACUAGGGCACCCUUUCCGGCUGCCUCCCUUGCCUUCCCGAGCCCUAAUCGGCUCCUCCCGACUGUGACUGCCAGUCACUUGGCACCCUAACUGAGCCUCUCUUCGGGCCGGGAAAGCGGGACAAGGGACAUCCUCUCCCCUUCGGCUUCUCCCUCUUCCCUCCCCCUCCUGGCCUUCUCCGGAGAGCGCGCCUGGAAAACCCUGGGUUCGGCCGCCCCCGCCCGGGAGCCGGUUCCUGUGUCUGUCGCGGGGUUCUGGCGGGGAAGGCGGUGGGGGUGGCGCGCGCCCUGUUCCGGCCGACAGGGAAAUGAAAAGUGCGGGAGGCAGCGGCAGGAGCCUCCUCCCUUCCCCUCGGGUGCGUGCAGUGGUGGCAGUGAUGGGGGCGAGGUCCCAGCUCUCUGGCUACCAUGGGUGACCCUUGCGUCCCACUUCCCCUCGCUGUGGGGGAGGGGAGUCUCCGUUUGGAAUCCUCCAUGAGGAAGGGCUCCUCGGCUUUACCACCUCCACCCCACCAAGGGGAGAGGGGAGGAGGCCGCUCAGAGGAAGUGGGGUGGCGUCACCUCGGGGAGGGCGCAUCCUCCUCCGUUAUUGGUCCUUGUCUCUGUGUGUGAGGAGCAGCGCUGCGAGGAGGAAGUCUUCCCCCUGGCCAUGAACUACCUGGAUCGCUACCUGUCCUGCGUCCCCACCCGAAAGGCGCAGUUGCAGCUCCUGGGUGCGGUCUGCAUGCUGCUGGCCUCCAAGCUGCGCGAGACCACGCCCCUGACCAUCGAAAAACUGUGCAUCUACAGCGACCACGCUCUCUCACCCCGCCAGAUGCGGGACUGGGAGGUGCUGGUCCUAGGGAAGCUCAAGUGGGACCUAGCUGCUGUGAUUGCACAUGAUUUCCUGGCCCUCAUUCUGCACCGGCUCCCUGUGCCCCGUGAGCGACAGGCCUUGGUCAAAAAGCAUGCCCAGACCUUUUUGGCCCUCUGUGCUACAGAUUAUACCUUUGCCAUGUACCCGCCAUCCAUGAUUGCCACAGGCAGCAUUGGGGCUGCAGUGCAAGGCCUGGGUGCCUGCUCCAUGUCCGGGGAUCAGCUCACAGAGGUGCUGGCAGGGAUCACUGGCACUGAAGUGGACUGCCUGCGGGCCUGUCAGGAGCAGAUCGAAACUGCACUCAGGGAGAGCCUCAGGGAAGCCGCUCAGACCAGCCCCAGCCCAGCGCCCAAAACCCCCCGGGGCUCCAGCAGCCAAGGGUCCAGCCAGACCAGCACUCCUACAGAUGUCACGGCCAUCCACCUGUAGCCCUGGAGAGGCCCUCUGGAGUGGCCACUAAGCAGAGGAGGGGCCACUGCCACCCACCUCCCUGCCUCCAGGAACAAACCACACCACGUCUGAAACCUGAAGGGACGUUUGUCCCCCCUUCACAAAGCCCAAGGGGUCCGGUCCUACCUAUCCCUGCAGUGUGCACUAGGGGGCCGGGCCAGCCAUGUCUGCAUUUCGGUGGCUAGUCAAGCUCCUUCUCCUUCCUGCAUCUGACCAGCAGCGCCUUCCCGAACUCUAGCUGGGGGUGGGCCAGGGUGAUGGGAUAGAAUUGGAUACAUGCACCAGCAUUCCUUUUGAGUGGCCCCCCCACCCCUGGGGGUGCUCAAGUUUUCAACUGCCAAAAUGCUCUAGUGCCUUUUAAAGGUGUUGCCUCUUCUAGGGUUAUUGCAUUUGGAUUGGGGUCCCUCUGAAAUUUCACGCAUGAUUGAUAGACACGUAGCGGGGGGAAUAGUCUAGAUGGCUCCUCUCAGUACUUUGGAGGCCCCUAUAUAAUCCAUGCUGACAGCUGCUCCUAGAGGGAGGGGCCUAGGCCUCAGCCAGAGAAGCUAUAAAUCCCCCUUGCUUUGCUUAGUGCUCAGCUUCUCCUGUGUGAUUGACAGCUUUGCUGCUGAAGGCUCCUUUUAAUUUAUUGCUUUGAGCACAACUGUAAGGGGAUGUAAUGGGGUCCUGGCCAUACCACAAGUGUGUGAUAACCCUAGUGGAUGCUGUUUUCCUCCCUUCUGCUAUGGGCAAAAGGAUGUUUGUGGUGGAGGAGCUGCUACAGCCUAGGGUGGGGUCGAGCCCUCUUCUCCCGUUAUCCCUCUGCCUCAUCCUCCAUCAGGGAAAAUGCAGCAGGGAUGCCCUGGAGGUGGCUGAGUCCUUGUCUAGGGUGGGAGGCAAGCCCUGUUGACACAGGUCUUUCCUAAGGCCACAAGGUUUAGAAGGGUGGCCCAGGACCAUCAUCCUAUUGUAAUAUUGUGAAAUAAAACUGGCUUUGGCUUCUUGGA